AUGAAGGUUUUAUCAUUGUUAUUUAUGAUUACGACGAGCUGCGGCGUCUGUGUGAUCCUAGCUCAAGGCGAUAAUUGUACUAGAACUAACAGUCGUGGUGAUUAUAAACUGUGUGUUCGCAAGCUAUCGGAAACUUUAGCAAGUAAAUUUAGUGAAAUAGUGGUCAAAGAACUUGGCAGCGAGUAUACGACACGUUUUGAAAUCCGGACAGCUUAUAAAGUGAGCCGUUACCAAACUUCGGACAAUGAUGUCCUGACAAAUAUUGCUGAAAAGCUUAGCUACAAGCUGUCGGCAGCUACGAACAUUCUUCGUGACAUGAACAAUGUAAUCAGCGACAACAGUACUCCGUCCUUCACCCACCCUUGCCCAUUCAACUCUAUUCGUAAGUCUGUGUUUAUCAAAAGUUCCAAUGUAUACGACACAUUGCCUUCUCAGGACCUUAAAAAUAACAUGCUGGGUCGCUUUAAGGAUUUAAAAGUUAAGAGACAAUACUUCCUAUCUCAUAUGGACUAUGCUACUGAUAAGGAUUGUGCUACAAUGCCCCAUUCUAACUUAAGAUACCUUUAUCAUAAGAUUGUACAUCCUGAACCAAAAUUGGUGGUGUUUAUAAUAGAUAAUAAUAUGAGAGAAGGCCCAUUACAACAUGCAAUACAUGUGGCCAAAGAGACUGUGUACGCCCUGCAGGACUCUGAUUAA